AUGUCCUCGCACGACUGCACUCCCGUUCUCAACGACGCCGUCGUGCACCCGCUCGACCCCAUCACUGCCAAGGAGGUUCAAACGCUCAAGGAAGUCGUCGGCAAGGCGGGCUAUAGCGGACCCAACUGCCGCUACUCCUACGUGAUGCUGCGCGAGCCCGACCACGCCACUCUGAAAGCCUUCAAGAGUGGAGACGCGGUCCCGCGCGAGGUCGGCGCGCUUCUCCUCAACCUGGACGACAACGCUGCGCGUGAGGUGGUCGUCGAUAUCCUGUCACGCAAGAUCUCUCACGAGCGGAAGCUAGACCCCGCUGUCGACGGCUGGAGCCCCAUCAUGGACGAAGACAACGUGGCUGCUGAGAACAUCCUCAAGGCAUACCCCGAGUACCUUGACGCGCUCAAGAAGCGCGGCCUGGGUGACAUCAGCCAGGUGCGCUGCUUGCCGCUGUCCGCUGGUGUCUACGGGUACGAGGACGAGGUUGGCUGCCGCAUGAUCCGCGUGCUGAGCUUCCUGGCCUCGGAGACCAAACACCCACUCCAUGUUCGCGCACCCGAUCGACGGGAUCUUGCUCGACUCAUCGACACGGGUUACAACCACGUCCCGAUGGAGUCGGGCGACUACCUUGACCCCAAGGUGACCGGGCCGAUGCGUACCAGCAUGAAACCUCUGCACAUCACGCAGCCCGAAGGUGCGAGCUUCAGCAUCAAGAACCACGUGCUCACCUGGGAGAAGUGGGAGAUCCGCGUCGGCUUCAAUGGCCGCGAAGGCCUCACGCUGCACGACAUUUCCUUCGACGACGACGGACACAAGCGCCCCAUUCUCAACCGCGCGUCCCCUACGCACGACUGGCAGAACUACUUUGACGUGGGCGAAUACCAGUUCGGUCGCCUCGCCAACUCGCUCGUGCUCGGCUGUGACUGUCUCGGCAAGAUCCAGUAUCUCGAUGCUGUCGUAGUUGAUGACUUCGGGGAGCCUGCUCUGCUGAAGAACGUCGUGUGCAUCCACGAAGAGGACUACGGGACGCUCUGGAAGCACAGUGACGUGUACACGUCGACCGGCACGGUGCGCCGCCAGCGCCGCCUUGUUCUCUCCUUCUUCGUGACCGUCGUCAACUACGACUAUGGAUUCUACUGGUACUUCUACCUCGAUGGGCGGAUCGAGCUGGAGUGCAAGGCGACGGGCCUCGUCUUCACCUCCGGCCGCCCUCAGGGAGAGAACGACUUCGUGACCGAGAUGGCGCCACGCCUCGGCGCGCCGUGCCACCAGCACCUCUUCUCGGCACGGCUUGACGUCGCCAUCGACGGCAACAAGUGCUACGUGGACGAACUCGAGGUGGAGCAGCUUCCGAUCAGCCCCGACAACCCCGUGGGGAACGCGUUCAGGCGCAUGACUACCCGUCUCGAAUGCGAGAGCGACGCUCAGCGGCUGGCCGACAACUACAAGGGCCGCAUGUGGCGCAUCCCGACAGCAUACACGCUCAUCCCUGAAGGUCAACCGCUGCUGCUCGCUGCGAGCGAGAGCUCGGUCGCGAAACGAGCGAUCUUUGCGUCCAAGCACCUGUGGGUCACGCAGUACGCGCGCGACGAGAUGUGGGCCGCUGGCUACACGCCGAACCAGAACCCAGGCUUUGCCGGGCUGCCUGCUUACACCAAGUCCAACCGAUCAGUGGAUGGCGAGGACAUCGUGCUGUGGCACACGUUCGGCCUCACGCACUUCCCACGCCCGGAAGGCUGGCCGAUCAUGCCGGUCGACUACGCCAAGUUCACCCUCCGCCCCGAAGGGUUCUUCGACCGCAACCCAACGCUCGAUGUGCCCGAGGACCCCAACGGAAAGGAACACUCCGAAAGGUGCUGCCCGUGA